CCCCCACCGUGCUAUGCGCCGCAGAAAUUGACUUCCUGCGUCUUAACCCAGGAAGUACAACACAGUUUCAAAACACGUGUGGAAAGAAGAACAUUGUGUUUCAAUAGAAAAUGGCAGACCAAGAAGUGGCUGGGGAAGAGUACCCAAAAGAAAUCCUUGAGUACCUGACAGCCUUUGAAUCCUCUCUUGACUCUGUGGAUGAGAUGCUGAAGACCAUGAUGUCUGUUUCCAGGGGGGAACUGCUUAAUAAGCUGGACCCCCUUGAACAAGCUAAACUGGAUCUAGUUUCUGCAUAUUCCCUAAAUUCCUUGUUUUGGAUUUACUUGGUUACACAAGGAAUUAACCCUAAAGAACAUGCAGUGAAACAAGAAUUGGAGAGAAUAAGAACUUACAUGAACAAAGUGAAAGAAAUCACUGACAGGAAGAAAGCGGCAAGGCUGGACAAAGGAGCUGCUGCCAGGUUUGUUAGAAACGCUUUGUGGGAGGCAAAGUCUGAAGAAUCAAAAGCUGCACAUGGAGAUUCACAUCAAUCAAAACGCAGAAAACAACAGAAUUGAAAACAAAACUGAACACAAAUGGGAUACACUUUAAUGUUUGUCAAAGAAUAAAACAAAUAAAAAAACAACCCACAAAGUGCUGAAUGAAUUUCUGAAAGACAGUGCUUGGAAUUCAAUGUAUAAUGAACUCUCUGCUAUAAUUGUCAUUAAAUUGUCAAAAAAAUAUAGUGUUACAAGUCCCCACAUGUUGCUACAACUGUUUAAAUAAUGUUCCUGUAUUAUAUAUAUAUUUUUUUUUCAUUAAUAUCCUGACAACGUUUUACACUUAUGACUUUAAAGUGUGUUUCAAAUCUCUUUUCAAAAUGUCCGCUCUAGUGCACUGAUAGUGUAAGGAUUAUUGCCCACAUUGUCAAACAGAUAACGCAGCAAUAACGAUCCAUGAUGUGGUACGAAACAGAAAAGCCAGAGCACUUGUUAUGUUUAAAAAAUAAAUAAAUAAUUGCUCUUCCUGCAGUAAUUUAGAGGACAGAUUUCAAACCCCAGCACACUAGUGUGGACAUUUUGAAAACAGCUUUCAAACAGGCUAAAGUUGUAAGUGUAAAAAGUUGUUAGGAUGUUAACAAUGAAAAAUUACAGCUACGUUAUUUAAAAAGUUGUAGACACGUGGGGAUGUAUGACGCUAUAUUUUUCGUAACCCAACUACUUACUCCUUAAAACUUUAUGCAAUUCACUUUGGAAUGUGUUGUUUAGUUACAGUGGCUAAUAUCUGUGAAACUAGGAUUUUAAUUUCUUAUUAAAUGGCUAUUGUUUUUUUUCAAAACAUGUAAAGUACAGUUAUUGGGGCUAAUGGGGGGAAAUGCAUUGAUGUUGCUGGAAGUGUUACUUUAGAGAAAUUGUGUAUACAAAAUUAAAUGGUAUUUCUGUUUA